UGUACUACAAGUGGUAACUAAAUGUUAAUUUACAUCUGAAUAACAUUAAUAACUGGACACCGAGGAGUCUAUGAAGAGAAAAUCACACAGUGAGCCGUUUUAAUAUUAUCAGUAGGGGAAGUUAUUAUUUAGAGCACAUCAGGGCCUAAUGUCACAUGCAAAUUGUUAAUUUUACUUGCUUAUUAUUUCAUAUAAUAACUCUAGCUCAGGGUUACUCAGCUCUAGCCCUCGGGGUCCACUUUCAGUUUAGCUUCAACCUUGAUCAAAUUCAACUGCUUGUAACUUUCUAGUAAUCCUGCAGACCUCGGUUAGCUUGUUCAGAUCUGUUUAAUUGGGGUUGGAGCGAAACUGUUAUGUGGCACGAUUUGGCCACUAGAUGGCAGACGCGACGCGCAUUGCAUUUGACGACGUUUUCGAGUUACAGCUCUUAAUUGGGUAUAUUAAUUAUUACAAAAAUGACCUAAACGUCCAUAUCAGCCAUAGUUUUGUCAGCAGACCUGUAUAAAGUAACUAUUAUUUCACUGUAGCUCUUGAUACGGCUAUAUUAGCUACAAAUUCAUACUUGUGUAUAGAUAUUGGUGCUAAUCAUAUUUUCGAAAUGUUAUUAUAUGUUUAUAUACUGUUUAAAUAUAGACUAUAAGUACAAAUUACACAUUUGAUUAUGUAGGUUAUUUAACCUAACGCACUUCAUCCUGAAAGGUGGCUGAUUUCAGCUGUAUAGAAAUGAUACGUUCCUUGCAUCUUUAACACUCAUUUACUUGUUAUUUACAAACCAAUAUUAGCCUACGUUCACAAUACGUCUUUCAUCUGAAGUCUAAUGAUCUUUACCUAAAGUCUGAGAUUAUUAUAUAGACUAUAUUCUAUAACAGCAAUAGGAACUUGUCAAUCUAUUUCUUUAAAAGAGCAUAUCAGCCAGAAAGAAAAAAAAUUGUUUCACUGAAUCAAAAAGAGCGAGAUACUCCUGUGCAUGCCUGUGUAAUUUUUUUGCACCCCUCCUUGAUGUUUCGCUCCUUCAUUGUGCGCGCGCAACCCGAGUCUUCAUCACAUAAAGCGCGCGCCUGAACAUCUCACACACACACACACACACACACAGUCUGGCAAUGCUUUUGCGGCACUGCGUGCAUUUUGGACUAUAACCCUAAAGUUUGUCUCCUGGAGCACUCUUGCCCGUCCUCUUCUUCAAAGGUAUUUUGAUGUUACCAACAGAAAUCUCAGGAGGAGUGUGUUUUAGCACUAGUCAGCACUCCAAAGAAGGAAGGAACGGAAUGAAAACAGAAGAAAACCAAUCAUGUCUUCAGCAGGCCCCCUCCUCCACCCCUUACGAGCACAUGGGAGGAGGUGAGGUGUGUGCAGGGUGCGAGUCUCCCAUCGCGGACCGCUUCCUCCUGCGCGUCAAUGAGCUGUCCUGGCACGAGACGUGUGUCAAGUGUGCGGUGUGUCGCAGCGCGCUGAGCGGGACCUGCUACUCUCGCGACCGCUUGCUUUACUGCAAGCAUGAUUACGAGAAGUUGUUUGUGCGGAAGUGCAGUGCCUGUCUGCAGGCGAUCGGCCGCUCGGAGCUCAUCAUGCGUGUGCUGGGACAGGUGUACCACCUGAGCUGCUUCAGCUGCUGCGAGUGUGAGCGCCGGCUGCAGAGAGGUGAUGAGUUUGUCCUAAAGGAGGGACAGCUGCUCUGCCGGGGAGACUAUGAGAAGGAGAGAGAGAUGCUGGCUGCCAUCAGUCCGGCCCCUACCGAGUCAGUAAAGAGUGAGGAUGAGGAUGGUGGUGGGGUCUCUGUUGGAGGGAAGGCUGGGGAUGAUGGGAAGGAGCACAAGAGAUCCAAGAGGCCACGAACCAUCCUGACCACACAACAGCGGCGUGCCUUCAAGGCUUCCUUCGAGGUGUCUUCCAAACCCUGCCGAAAGGUCAGAGAAACUCUGGCAGCUGAGACUGGACUGACGGUGAGAGUCGUGCAGGUGUGGUUUCAAAACCAGAGAGCAAAGAUGAAGAAGAUCGCUCGCAGACAACAACAGCAGCAGCAGCAGCAAGAACAGGAGCAGAUGGGCGGGACCAGGAGGGGCCCGAGCAGAGGGGGCCGCCAGAGUAACGAUGACAGCGAGGAUGGCUCCAGCAGUCACGGACUGGAUGGGCUGCUCUCAUAUUCCUCUCUGCCACGCCAACAACUGCUGGCUUUGGAUCCCAACAUAUACGGAAGCGAACAGUUCCGACACGGGCUCACGCCACCGCAGCUAGGCCCCGAGCAGAUGCACUCCUACGACUCAGAGACGGUUUUCCACGACUUGGACAGCGAUGGAAGCCUCAGUCAUCUCGGGGACUGUCUCUUGUCGACCGCCGAGGCAGGAGUUCUGGCAGGACGGAUAGGAAAUCCCAUUGAUCGCCUCUACUCGAUGCAAAACUCCUACUUUACCUCAUGACCCUGGUUCCACCUACCUAAAGCGCUCCUCCACCACUGCAGGGGGCAACAAGUAGAUUGAGUCUCACUGGAGGCAUCUUUCAUCGUCAAAACUAAUUGAAUCCCUCAAUCGUAUCUUAGUCAAGCCAAUAAAGCUCUAAACAACCAAACCAAGACAAAAAAAAUCUAUUUGACAUGAACAGAAUAGGAAUUCACUGGAAAAACAUGUUUUAUAGCAUACAUAUGCACUAUUGUUUCGCUUUGUUUCAUUCAAUCAUUUUUUGCGAUGGUCAUAGGUGCAUAACAGACAUCAAUGAGCAGCUGUUCAUGUAAGUGUUACCUCACCCUCUGAUCAAGGCUGUAUCCGAAAUCAAUUACCUCAUUCACUACAGAGCACUGCAGUGACAUAUUUUUGCAAGCUAAUACCCAGAAACAAAUUAUUAUUUUAUCACAUCCGGUUGUCAAAGUCAAUUUUUUUUUUUAAUGAUUUUCAAUGCCUGGAAUGAGGUCUGUGGUAAACACAAGCGCCAAAUAUUUUCAUAUUUUAUUCCACAACAUAAAAGAAAGUAGUAAUACCUCACUAAUGGUUUUUAAGUGUUUAAAUGCACAUUUGGGUCCAAAUAGUAGCCUCCAUAGCCUCAUUAUGUUUAUAAUCGCUAAUUCAAACUUUUAAGGAAGAUUUAUACUUCAGCAGAUUGUAUUUAGGCUUCAAAAUUCAUAAACGUUGUGUUCAUUGUGUGCAGAUUAUCGUGAUGAACGAAACAUGUAGGAAUCAUAUACUUUUGUUGGCCACAGAGCUUAUUUUAUGCGAUUAAAAAAAGCUACUGGGUUUUUGCUGAAGGAACCAGGGUUAUGUAAACUUCUGGAUUGACCUGCAAAAAUACGUCAUCACUGCAGCUAUCUAUCCACCUUAUUUUUCAACGUGGAUGUAAGCUGUUUCUGUGAUUGUGUGAGACUUUUGGUUCAUUAACCUCUGCAGGGAAAUAACGGGAAGAAUAACAAAAGUGCAGUAAACUGUAAAACUGUUAGCACUACAAACCAGUGUGUUCAUAAUUAAGAUAAUACAUUAAAAUAACACGGUAAGACACACCAUUCUGCGAUAUCAAGCAGCAAAAUGAACUGUUUUGUACAGUUAAAAAUAGCUGAAAGUGAGUGAAACCGGAAGCAAAUGGCCACGGCUGCUCUUACGAGAAAAAUAAGGAGAACAUAGACCACUGAAUGAGUGAAUGAAACCAAGUGAGACAGAAGUUCUGUCCACUACUAAUGACUGUCCCCUCAAAUAGCACACGAUAAAGGGUUAAUUGAGGUGAUUUCAGACACAGCCCAAGUCAAUUUUAUAUCACUCUCUCCUUACUGCCUUGCCAUCUUAAUGUCCGUCUCCAAUCAGCUUUUAUUUAAAGCUAACGUGAAAACCAAAAGAGUCUAGCAUGCUGGCGUAAGUCAAAUGUACAUUAACAUUUCUUCUAAAGAAAUUUAUUAAAGGUGCACUCAGUUUUUGUAUGUUGAGCUGACCAAUAUAGCAGUUGACUUACACUGACACCUAGCGGUGUGGAUGCAGCAUCACAAACACAAAAGCAAUUAAAACCGAAAGGCUUUUCAUUACUUAUAAAAUAACAUUACGUGAAUUUUUUUUAAUUUAGUCGCCUUGGCAACAUUUUUCAUUUUCAUUUAGUUUAACUUGAUGUACUAAAAUGAUUUUAAAAAAUUAAAUAAAAAGUAUAUAGACAUUUAAAAAACUAAUACAAAUGGCAAAACAUCUAAAUGACUAAAACUUUAAUUAAAAUGAAAACAGAAAAUAUAAAAAUGUAGAAAAUGUAAAAUAGCUUUUAUGAGUCUUCGUGUUAAUGUAUAUUAACACAUUAUUUUAAAAAGUAUUGAUUUUUUGCUUGUGAAUCUUUAAAUGGGGGGGGGGGGACUGAGUGCACCUUUAACACAAAUUUAACUUUCAUUUUUUCAUUUCAGAAAUUACAAAUGUCGACAGCUAUUGCAGUAUUUUCUCUGAGGAAAUUUAAAUGGGUAGGUUUUCAACUAUUGUAAGUUUCUCAGAUAGGGACUUUCCAGCUGCCUUGACUGUGCAUUACAAAAUUAAAGAGACAAAAUAUUUAACAAAAAAAAAAGUAAAUUAAGAAACCACAAAAUAAUGAACCAUCAAAGCUGAAGUGUAUAUCUCAAAGCAAAUAUGAGUGAGGGAGUCUUGACAGGGUUCAGAGAGCAAAGGAGGCACACAUAGCACAGUGCUCAGCCAACACUGCUCCAUCAAAGCCAGGUCUGACAAAUAUGGAAAAUUACGAUGCAACCAAACCACAAAAGAGAUUUUUUUCAUUCUAAUUUCAGGUUUUGGACACAGGGUACAUUUCCUUUAAAAAAAAAAAAGUGAGAUGUGAAACCUAUCAAGGGCCUUGAAUGUUUCUGCAGCAGCACUGACUGGAGGCUUUAGAUGGUUAAUCAUCAGGUAAAAUGUAGGAAUGUGCUACAAUCUCCAAACUGAGACGAGGAAAUAAUCAGGGUUACUGCUGUUACAGGGUUAAUAACAAAUAUGACAUCUAUCUCUAUAGUACUGACAAGAAAAAUAGCACAAAGUAUUAAAAAUACCCCCUAAAUGUUACAGGACGUGCACACUUGGCAGCGUGGUGCUAAUUGUGCUUUAUUGUAAACUAUUAAAUGUGUUGGUCACAUGACUGUUGUUGUAAUUAGCUCUAUUGUUAUACGUGCAGUUAUUUACUUCACGUCUUUUAACUCAUUAUGUUCUCGUUGGCUAUUUUUAACGCACUGGAAUAUUUAUGUUGCAGCAUGAGACACUGUAUACAGUAUGUGAAAUGUUUUAUUUAUAUUGAAGCAGAUUUACAUGAACACUAUCUGCUUAUGAAAACCUUCCAUAACCUGACGAACUGAAAUGUAGUUUUUAGUACACUGGACACGAGUUGCUGGUAAAUCAACUGCUCACAUUUUCAUGAAGCGUUUUGUGAUACUGAACGGUUUCAUUUAAAGUGGUGUUAUGUUCCUUUGAAGGACUGCGGUGAUGACAGCUGGUCAAUGGUACGUCUUUCUGUUUCUUUUAGUGUGAUCAUUUGUGUACAGUGUCCAAUAUAACUCGUCAUUUUAAACACUGA